GCAUCUGACGUUUAUUGCUGUCACUAUCAUGGCAUAAGUCAAAUGUUACGUGGCAUUUAAAUGCAUUACAAAUGAAAUAUUAACACUACUUACACUACUUUAGUGUGUUGAAAUCUUUAGGAAAGCUCUAAUUUAUUAGCUAUCGCAAUAGCACAUCACUCACAGCGGAUAUCAGUGUAGUUCGUGUCCCUUUGGCUUUCCAGAGACAUGUUUACAUCCCAGACCUCCUCCUUCCAGGAGUCCAUAGACGUGGAUGAAAGAGAUGCAGACUUCGACAGCGAAGAGAUCGCCGGAUACAGCCAGAAAAUACAACAGAUUAACAGCUAUUAUGCUAUAUACUACUACCAGAGCACAAGAUCUGAGGCUUCUGGAGAGAGUGUGGCAUGGAGCCAGAGGAGAUCGGACUCAACCACAAGUCAGGAAGACUUUAGUCUCACGCUGCUGGAUGCCAGUUUGCCAUCAGAGGCAGAGCCUGAACUGCGAAGCUACAUCUCCCGCAGGCUGAGCAAGGGUGCUCUGCUGGGGGGUAUGGGUAACAUUGCCACUGUGGAGCUAAGCAUCCCUGAGCAAGCGGUGGGCUGUUACUGCUGUCUGCUGGAGCAGGACAAAUCUCCAGAACAGCCUGAGGCUGAUGGCAACGGCUGGGUGGUGUGUCUCCUCGGAGGAUCAGAGAAGGGCCUGAAUCUCUUCAGAAUCGAGCUGGACAAGUAUGUUCAGGGUUUGCGCAGUUGUUUGACUGUAGAGAUGUUAAAUUUGGAGACGGAGGUCAGGCCCUACCUGAAUCGCUGGUAUGAGGAGUCAGUUAUGCACAUCCACAGAGUGGUUCAGCUGUUGCAGGCCAACAUUGGAUACCUUCUGCAUGCUGCUUUGAGUCACAAGCUUGUAGAGGUCAUAGGAGCAGAUGAGAGGACAAAAGCAGAUACAGCAAGAUUUAUCAAAGCAGCAAGCUUGCAGGGUUUAGUCCAGGAAGACACCACUACAGCCUCUCUCUGCAAGGCCAUUUCAGAGGAUUCUCACACUAACUUGAUCAUUAACUGCUCAACCAGUCCUCCAACACUAAUCAAUGAAGUCAGUAACAAAUUCUGCGAUGACUGGAUCCAGGCCUUCCUCAAUGCUGCAGAGCGAUUUAACCCUUUCCUCCUCCGGCAGAUCCUGGAGAACUUCAAACUUAAGGCCAUCCAAGACAUGAACAACCUGAAGCGCUUCAUCCGUCAGGCAGAGAUGAGCCACUACGCUCUGUUCCGCUGCUGUCUGUUCCUGCAGAGCUGUGGAAACGGUGAUGUGCUGCUGCAAAACGCCCGAGCUGAACACAGCAACCUUCCUGAGGCCUGCGGGAUCAUAACCGUCCUGGAGGAGUUCCUGAGUGAGCAGACACAGGCCUAAAAGUACUGACAUCUCAAUCACUCUCACUUACACUCACUCAACUACUGUAUCUGAAACCACCUUUGACAGAGCUCUCUAAACUGCUAUAUUGACCUGCAUUCAGUAGAUUGUACUGUUGUUUACCUUAUAAAACGUUGGUCAGCUGAUGACAAAGCUUACUGUAAAAAAAAUAUAUAUAUAUAAAAAAUAUAAAUUAAUAAUAAAUAACAAUUAAGAGAUAAAAAUUCCAUGAAGACAGAUUUGAGAUUAAGAAAAUGAUGUGAUCUAGAUAUUCUAUCCAGUGAAAGCAGCUCCAAAGCAGCUGUACGCUUCUCCCUCUUCAAUGUAAUCCAGAUUUCGACUCCCUAAAAUCAUCGCAGUGUAGUUAACAUUUUGCGCAACCUCAACAAUCUUGAGUAGAAAACACUAAUCAUAGUCCAUUAACAUCUUGUAUGUUUGAAGUUAAACAGAGAAAAAGCAAACUUGCAACUAAUGAAAUCAAUUGCUGCUGAUGAUGAGGAUGAUGUUGAUUUGGGGGAUUAAAAAUUAACCAAACAGAUCCCAUUAAAAGGACCAAUGAAAAUGAAAUCAGAUUUAAUUUAAAUAUUUGUUGUUGUUUUUCUCUAUGUGUGUAUACGAAUAGAGGACUUAUUUGUGAGAGCUGGUUCAGGGAUAUAGUGUAUCUGUGUAGCAGUCAUUGCUUUGAAGAUUUUUUUAAAUAGGAAGUACAUUAUUGAAAGCAAACUAAAAUCACAUUAUCACGAGCUAUAUGCCAAUUAAAUUAAUUAUCAUCAUGCUGCAAAUGUUAGUAGAUUUUAGCAGGAAUGUGACAAUGACCUGCAUUUGCUGUUGUAUUUUUUGUGUGUGUGUGAUAAAGUGGUUAAUCUGAUAAACUGCAUUGUUUUGAUUUUAUGAUAGCUAUGUCCUUAUUUGGUGGUCCAGAUUUUGUUUUCGUACCAAGGACAGACGGAAUAAUCAUAAAUUCAAAUAUCAGAUGUAAAUAUAAUGCUCACGAAAUCACAGAGUUGUAAAAACUAACAUUUACCUUAAGUGUAUGUGUGUGUGUAUAUUGAUAUAUAUUGAUCCAGCUGUAUAGUGGCAAUAAUGUAUAAUUAUCAUAACGUGUGGUUUGCUUUCUUGGUCAGAUUAGACAAGAUUGUACUGUGAAUAAUUUGUUCCUGAAACAUUUCAGUUGUGUGAACAUGUAAGAAUAAAAAAAAAAUCAACACUGUCA